AUGGCGGCCGCGGCGCUGGCGGCGCCGGAGGGCGGCUCUGCUGUGAUGCCGGCGGGAAGUGCGGCGGCUUGUCCUCCGCCACCUGGUCCCUCAGGCCCGGGUUCGUGGAGCCGCUCCUUGGACCGCGCCUUGGAGGACGCGGCGGCCAGCGGUACCCUCAGCCUGAGCGGCAGGAAGCUCCGCGACUACCCGCGGGCCAGCGCCGCCAACCACGACCUCAGCGACACCACCCGCGCUGAUUUGUCACGGAACAGACUGUCAGAGCUUCCAGCAGAAGCGUGUCACUUUGUCUCCCUUGAGAGUCUUAAUUUGUACCAGAACUGCAUUCGAUACAUCCCAGAGGCUGUUUUGAACUUACAGUCUUUAACAUUUCUUAAUAUCAGUCGAAACCAGCUUUCAACUCUGCCAGUACAUCUCUGUAGUCUGCCACUAAAGGUUUUGAUAGUGAGUAAUAAUAAGUUGGUUUCAAUACCUGAAGAAAUUGGACAGCUCAGACAGUUGACAGAGCUUGAUGUGAGCUGCAAUGAAAUACAGACAAUACCUCCACAGAUUGGCAAUCUGGAAUUCUUGCGGGACCUAAAUGUCAGAAGAAAUAAUUUGGUACAUUUACCUGAAGAGCUUGCUGAGUUGCCAUUGAUUCGAUUAGAUUUCUCCUGCAAUAAAAUCACAACAAUACCAGUUUGUUAUAGGAACCUCAGACAUCUGCAGACCAUCAUGUUAGAGAACAACCCUCUCCAGUCACCCCCUGCACAGAUAUGUAUAAAAGGAAAAAUUCACAUAUUUAAAUACCUGAACAUAGAAGCAUGCAAGAUAGCUCCAGACUUGCCUGAUUAUGACAGGAGACCCAUGGGAUUCGGAUCUUGCCAUGAGGAGCUCUAUUCUGGUCGUCCAUACGGAGCACUUGAUUCUGGCUUCAACAGUGUGGACAGUGGAGACAAAAGAUGGUCAGGGAAUGAGCCAACAGAUGAGUUGUCAGAUCUCCCUUUACGUGUGGCAGAGAUCACUAAAGAGCAGAGACUGCGGAGAGAAAGUCAGUAUCAAGAACACCGAGGGAGCACAGUUGUAACUAAUGGUGGAGUGGAGCAUGAUCUGGAUCAGAUCGACUAUAUUGAUAGCUGUGCCACAGAAGAGGAGGAGGAAGAGGUGAGACAACCCAAGUGCAUGGACUCAGACAGCCUCAGCUCACAAUUCAUGGCAUACAUUGACCAUCGGCGAAUCUCUAAUGAGGGCUCACCAGUAAAGCCUGUAUCCAUCAGAGAAUUUCAGAGAACAGAGGAUACAAGGCGGUAUUUACAUCAAAACAGACCCCCGGCUGAUUCACCUUACCUUCUGUCUCUGUCCAGUCACCACAGUCAGGUGCCUAACGCAGAUCCCGAGCUGCACCGCAGGCACGUGGAGCGCACGCGUCGGGAGGCCCAGCUGGCAGCCCUGCAGUACGAGGAGGAACGGAUGAGAACAAAACAGAUCCAGAGGGAAGCUGUCCUGGACUUUGUUAAGCAAAAAGCAUCCUUAAGUCCUCAGAAGCAAAGUCCUCUAGAUAGUGAGUGUCCCUUUCCAUCCAGAAGGUCUCAGCAUACUGAUGAUAGUGCCUUGUUAGUGAAUGGCUUUGAGCCUCUUUUUGUGUUUGAGAUUGACAGUAACACCAAUACCAUUAAAAGGAGGCCAGGGACUCGCAAACAGUCACUCUCAGGGUUGAAUCAAGAAAGCUGUGCUACUACCCUGCCUAGUGCCUCUUCUACCUUCAGUCCUGUCAAGAGUGAUGACAGAUCUGCCAUCUCCCCUGGCUCACCUACCACUCAGACAGUCCACCUUUCCCCUCCAUAUCCUGGCCAUGCAGCCCCACCUUCCUAUAGAAACCCUUCCCAGCGACCUGAGAGUUUCCUUUACCGAACAGCUGUCAGGGAUGAAGCAAACAAAGCUGUUACUUCAUCUUCCACCCGUGCCUUGUCUCCUGCCCAUGAUCCUGCAGACCCCAGAGUAAGACAGAGCUCCAAACAGCGAGAGGAGGAGCUGGAACUGAUAGAGCAGCUACGUAAGAAUAUAGAGUCACGGUUGAAGGUGUCGUUGCCCAGUGACCUUGGAGCAGCUCUUACUGAUGGGGUUGUUCUGUGCCAUUUAGCUAAUCACGUCCGUCCCCGCUCUGUUCCCAGCAUUCAUGUCCCCUCACCUGCUGUUCCUAAACUUACAAUGGCAAAAUGCAGACGAAAUGUGGAGAAUUUCUUGGAAGCUUGCAGAAGGAUUGGAGUGCCUCAGGAGCAAUUAUGUUUGCCUCUCCAUAUUUUAGAAGAGAAGGGUUUGACACAGGUAGCUGUGACUGUCCAGGCGCUCCUGGAGCUGGCGCCCCCAAAGCAGCAGCAACUUCACCACUUGUCUGCUGUGUAAAGACCUCCAGGACCUUUUGGGUUACCUUGGCUAAGCAGAAGGACGUGAAGACUUUACUGCCCGUGCAGUGCAUCCAAACACACAGAGCUCUGUUCUAAGGAAAUGAGUUUCCGUGAUUCCUGACAGGAAUGUUUUACGUCAUUUCUCCAUUUUUUUUGGAGAUCGCAACAGUUUCCAAUAACAUUUUUAUUAUCGAUAUUUUUGCCCCUUAUUUAAAAAAAAAAACAGUUCAUUGGGAGGAGGGCAGGGAAUUCCAGUGGCUGGCUGUUGGAGCCAGCUGUGGAGACUGGCCUUGUAGACUGAAGACAUGAGUGUAGAGUCUGGAAAGCAAUUGCUAGGGGAAUUUGUUUGGGGGUGGGGGGGGGAGAAAGGAUGUUGCUGCAGUGGGCACAUGAGGAGAGAAAUUUCUUUCCUCCCCUGCAGGGUUCAAAGAAAGAGAGUUUCUUUGCCUCCAAAGAACAACAGCUAUUUCUCUUAUAUAUUUAAAAAAUUGCAACACACAGUCUUAACCUGCAGUGUUUGAUAGCAGGGUCACCUCAUGCAGCUGUUAACUUGUGUUGGCAUGUGCUCAUUGCUUAAAAUUUGAAGGGAAAAAAAAAAAAAAGAUCAGUUUAUUUCUUAAGGGAAAAAAAUACUUCAUGUUUUCUCCACAAGAAACAUCUUAGUAAAAAGUUACUAAACCAGAACUGUUCACAUUGUAUCAAUUGCAUCAGAAUUCUUGCUGGGUUCACUUUCUGUUUGAGUUUUAGCAUGUCUUUAUCAGGAAGUUUUUCCAACAUCAGUGGAGGAAGGUCUCCUGCCUCCUCUCACCUCCCCUUCUGGGCAUGUAGAGAUGUUUGGUUACUCAAUGGUUUUGUCAAACCACGACUAGAUGUCACCAAGAGCCAUGGAUGUAUUUUCACUGCAGGAUGAAGAAUUGCAGCCUCUCAUACUAAUCAUUAGAAACCCAUUAUCAAAUAAUACAUUCAUUAGGGGCUGAAGCACCCCAGGCAGACAUGCCAGCAGUGAUGAAUGUCCCAGACACUGAGAAAUGUAUUAUCUUAAGAACACAAUUACUGAACUUCCACAGGUGAGCUGCAUGUUGCCAAAGCAGCAAUCUGUUGCAAACAGUGGUCUGUUUGUGGGUUUAACAAGGCUUUAAUAAAUAAAGCCUUUUAUCAUUGGCAUUUAUGUAGAGUUUCACUGGCUUUACAGAACUAUCAUGACUUUCUUCCUCUUCCCUUAACAUAAAAAAGGAAAUUGAAUAUGCAGGAAUGGGAGAGACCAAGCUCACUACCAGAUCAGUUACCAUUGUGAUUUGUUGUUUUACACACACACACACACACUUACACUUACACUUGGGGAGGUAUUUGAAGCAGAAUACACCAAGAGGAUUUACUGGGGAUAAUGGAAGGAGGAGGAAUGGGAACAGGCUGGCUAAAGGUCAUUUUUGCUGAAGUAAACCUGCCUUGGGAACACUGGCAAGGACUGGUCUUAGCUGGAUUUUUUCCCUUUUUGAUUUGCAGUUUUGUUUCCACUUUGUUUUGCUUCAUGUAUUUCUUUUAAGGUCCAUUCUGGUGACUGUUUGAAUCCCCUGCUGCACAUAAUUAUUCCAGUUGGUUCUUAUUGCCAUUGGCUGAUCACAUUGCAAGUGGAGAAGAACACCUGAAGGGUGUUUUAAGGUGCCCAGAUGACAAGGGAAGCCUUUUUGUACCUGGUAAGUGCGUUGCCUUGAGCCCUGCAAGAAAUGAAAAUGCCAAUAACGUGCAGUACCCAGAGGAAGGGAGCAGCUCUUUACAGACACACUUUCCUCCUUAAGCCUGGCUAGUGUUUCACUUAAUUUUGCUUGCAAGGAGUGUUGGUUAUUCUUAAAGGAUUACAUAAAAGUGUCUGAAGUCUCUGCUGUCGUUUGCUGAGUGGAAUAUUCUGCCACUUGCAGCCAACAGUGCAGACCACAGGGUUUCCUGUGUGUGUGCAGAUAAUUUGAAAGAGGGAGGCACUGACUUCAUCUUGGUUUUCAAUAUUGGGUCACUUGUAUCAUUACAGGGGCAUGUUAACUUUUUUAAUAGCACACCCCUUGUGGAGUAUUGAAGUAUUCCCAUUUUAAGAAAACUGUUCCCUCCAUGAAUUGUGAGGGUGUGUUGUUUGCUCCAGUCCAGCUUCCAGCACUUGGGGAAAACAAAACUGAACAGUGUUUGGGUUGGUGGAAGUUUGGCAUUUCAUUAAUAUUAGUUUUUAGGAAUUAAUGGGCUGGGCAGUUGAGCCUUUUCCUGUCGUGCCUGGUCACCACAGCUGCCCUCUGCAGGAGCAGUGGCUGCACACAGCAGCUGAGUUGGUGUAAAGAGUUGGUGGUAUGGCUGGACAGGUGGCCUGUCCCCAGUGUCACUGUGUCCUCAGCAAUGCUUCACUCUGGCAGUUCCAAUGUAUGUGGUCGUGUUAGUUUGACAUUUAUAAUCCUGUGUUUUCAUGCUGGCAAAGACUAAAGCUUGACCAGAUGCUUAGGACAAAAAUCCAAACCUGAAAUUUCAUCACAUGGUUUAUUUAAUGUAUUAUACCAAAAACAAUUUUGGUUCUGUUUUGCAAAAUAGUUUGGGAUUUUUUUGUGUAUUUAUGUGCAAUUUUUGUUGUAUCCCAUGGAAAGAGUAUUUUAAAGAAGCCGUAUGAAAAUUUAUGCUGUGUGUUAAAGCAAAGAGGCAAUUGUCUUUCCUUUCUGGGGCAUUUGUGUUGGAGGAUGUGGGAGGAGUGUUUGGUGCUUGCUGGUGUUUGUCUGUUGUGUCACACUCUUCCCUCCAGCUCUGCUGAGCCCUGAGCAGCACCAGGGGCUCAGUGAGGUCACUUACACACUCCAGAUCAGGCAGCACAGGCACUUGACAGCCCUGAUGGCAUUGUGAUGGUUGGGGCAAAACAGCCAAGGUUUGGGUCUCUCCCUUGUGAAGGGGGAGGCUUUCCUAAAGGCCCCAGCCUCGGUGGCCUGCUUAAAAUAAAUCAGAGACAACUCUUUACACCAAGAAUGCCUCUGUUGUUCUUGGUCGUGACAUGAUGGCAUAUAGUAUUUUUACCCUUUUAUGGCUAUAAAUGGUUCUUUGAAAUAAGGUUUUAGAAACAGAGGACUUUUAAGGUGAAUUUGGACAUCUAAAAGUUUGUUUUGUAUAGAGAUUGUGAUGUUUUACAAAGCGAUUAAUUUUGUUAUUUCUGAAAACAGUGUAAACGUGUAAUUAAUAAGAGUAAAGGAUUUUAAAGCUUCAUCCCAUGCUGUAUGUCUGUAAAUACAUUCCAUAAUUUCUAAGUCUGUUACAUAUAAAUGUGUCUGAAUAUUGUAUACUUUAUUUUAAAUUGCCUGUAUUCUGCCAGUAGUGUGAACUUCUAGCACAUUGAUAAUAUAAAAGGAAACCAUGGGUAAUUUGAAAUAAAGUUUUAAAACUUACAUGA